AGCUCGCGGAGGAGGGGCUGAGCGCAUCUAGGAACAGGAAGUAUCCUAUUAUGGAAUGGAGGCUCUCGCAUAAACUUCCGGUAGGGUGUGAGAGUGAGACGAAGUCUCUAUCAAGAAUUUUAAAAGCUGUUCGUUUUUUAUCCUUUUUUGAGUCGUGUUUUCAGGAAAGAAAAAAUGUCCAAGUCCCUGAAGAAGAUUGUGGAGGAGACUCGGGACAAGAGCCUGACAGAGGUGGAGAUGUGCGACAGGGGCAUUUCCAACAUGUUGGACAUCCCGGGACUGUUCACUCUGUCUAACAUCACUCAGCUGGUCCUCAGCCACAACAAGCUGACAGCUGUGCCUGCGAACAUCUCUGAGCUGAAAAACCUGGAGGUUCUGAACAUGUUCAACAACCAGAUUGAAGAGCUGCCCACGCAGAUCAGCAGCCUCCAGAAGCUCAAACACCUCAACCUCGGUAUGAACCGUUUGAGCACUUUGCCCAGAGGAUUUGGUUCCUUGCCAGCGCUGGAAGUGUUGGACCUUACCUACAACAACCUGAACCAGAACUCCCUGCCUGGCAACUUCUUCUAUCUGACCACUCUCCGUGCUCUCUACCUGAGCGACAACGACUUCGAGGCGCUGCCCGCCGACAUCGGGAAGCUGACCAAGCUGCAAAUACUGAGUCUGAGAGAUAAUGAUCUCAUCUCGUUGCCUAAAGACAUUGGGGAGUUGGGUCAACUGAAGGAGCUUCACAUCCAGGGCAAUAGGCUUACUGUCCUGCCCCCUGAACUUGGUAAUCUGGAUUUGACUGGUCCAAAACAGGUGUUUAAGGCAGAGAAUAAUCCCUGGGUCACCCCCAUCGCUGACCAGUUCCAACUGGGUGUCUCCCAUGUUUUCGAAUAUGUCCGCUCAGAGACCUACAAGUACCUCUACGGCAGACACAUGCAGGCCAACCCGGAGCCGCCCAAGAAGAGCAACGACAAGAGCAAGAAGAUAAGCCGCAAGCCGCUGGCCGCCAAGAACAAGUGAAGAGCCGAGAGCUGCGGCUCAGCACCCAACGCUGCAUGUGCCUCCUCCUCCUCUUUUAUCACAGCCUUUUAUAUUACAUUGAACUAUAUGCUUGUUUUCACAUGCAGUGUUAAAUACUGCUUGGACUGAAUCCCUGUGUACAGGUGGAACUCUACCCCGUUGGCUUCCUCGGUGCUACACGCGAGUGGAGGUAGAGGUUGAUGUUGGUGAGAGACGGGAAGUUCAAAAUCUUGCUCCCACACUCGUGUCCAUUAAGUAAGGGGCUAUUUUUACAACCCCCAAACACCAAACACACAUCUCUGGCAUUUAUUCUAUGGUUUUCAUAAAUGUAAACAUCACUCAGCUGAGAACUGGGUGGCGGAAUGUCGGUGCCGGGGCUGUUUCUAACAGUGUUUUUCGUCGCCAGUCGAACAUAAAAUUUCUUCAGAGCGAUUAUUUAACCUGAAGUUGUUACUAUUAACUGUAGGGUGUGAGGCGGCGGGCGCAGCCACGGCUGCCACGCGUUCAUUCCACAGGUCCCGGCGCAUCAGGAGACACAUUUCAGCCAUCGUGCCAUUCGUGUUUAAUUCCUUAAGUUAUUUUUUUAAAUCUUAUUGUUCUGUCUGUCACAUUUCAGCCUAUCGCAAGAUGCCUUUAUCACAGCCCAGUAUUGUGCAUUGUGCAUAUAUAUAUACGUAUUUAAAUAAAACCUGCACAGUCGACACACA